AUGUCGAAUGAUCCGCAGGAAUUAAGGUCACUAGCACUGACCCCAACAUGGUCUGUUGCUUCUGUAUUGACCAUCUUUGUUGCCGUUUCACUGCUUGUGGAGCGAUCAAUCCACCGGUUAUGCCAUUGGUUGAGGAAGACCAAUCGGAAACCUUUGCUUGCAGCUGUGGAGAAAAUGAAAGAAGAGUUGAUGCUUCUUGGAUUUAUAUCUCUCCUAUUAACUGCAACAGCAAGUACUAUCUCCAAUAUUUGCAUCCCUUCAAAGUUUUAUGACAGUGUAUUUGCUCCAUGCACUAGAGGUGAAGUAGAUGAAGAAAAGGAAAAGAGCAUGCACCGUAAACUUUUAGCAAACUUUCUUCUUCCUCACUCAUAUAGGAGAAUGUUGAAUACAAUGAAUCAGAACACCUGCAAAGAGAACCAUGAACCCUUCCUUUCGUAUGAAGGCCUUGAGCAACUCCAUCGCUUCAUCUUUGUCAUGGCCAUCACACACAUAUCUUACAGCUGCUUGACAAUGUUGCUGGCAAUUGUAAAGAUACACAGUUGGAGGCGAUGGGAGGAUGAGGCUCAUAGGGUCCAAUGCGAUACGCUCACAGAAAUCACACGAGCCAUGACAAUGCGAAGACAAUCAACUUUUGUCAGAGUCCAUACUUCAAAUCCUUUGACCAGAAAUCGUUUACUAAUUUGGGUGACGUGUUUUUUCCGUCAAUUUGGGCGCUCAGUGGUCCGCGCCGAUUAUCUGACACUCCGGAAGGGGUUUAUCAUGAAACACAACCUUAAUUCAACCUAUGAUUUUCACAGCUAUAUGAUUCGUUCCAUGGAGGAAGAAUUUCAAAGGAUAGUUGGUGUCAGUGGUCCUCUCUGGGGAUUUGUUGUGGCUUUUAUGUUGUUCAAUGUAAAAGGAUCAAAUCUUUAUUUCUGGAUUGCGUUAAUCCCGAUUAUUCUGGUUCUUCUAGUUGGCACAAAAUUGCAGCAUAUCAUUGCAACCUUGGCAUUGGAGAGUGCUGGAAUAACUUCAUAUCAGACUGAAUCCAAGUUAAAGCCACGUGACGAGCUUUUUUGGUUCAAGAAGCCACAGCUUUUGUUGUCUUUAAUUCACUUUAUUCUGUUCCAGAAUGCGUUUGAACUGGCCUCUUUCUUCUGGUUCUGGUGGCAAUUUGGUUAUAAUUCAUGCUUUAUAAAGAAGCACAUGCUUGUGUAUCUUCGGCUAAUUGUGGGGUUUGCUGGACAGUUUCUGUGCAGUUAUAGCACCUUGCCACUUUAUGCCCUCGUAACUCAGAUGGGUUCAAACUACAAGGCAGCCAUAAUUCCACAGCGGAUACGUGAGACGAUACAUGGUUGGGGCAAGGAAGCUAGAAGGAAGAGAAGGCAUGGAUUGUAUGAUGACUCAACAACCAUAAGAACUGAGACAAGCACAGUGGCAUCCCUUGAUGAUGAUGAUCAACAGCUGCUCGAUAGUCCUCGGCCUGGUCCAACUGGUAUCACUGAAAUUGAGUUACAGCCUCCAACUAUCAUAAUAAGUGCUCAAUCUCCUGUUUCUGAUGAAACUUCAAGCAGGCCUGCGUCACCUCUGCUUCGACAGUAUGCUUCGAUUUCUUCCAGUAUGUCUCCUAGACGUAUACCAGAAACUCUAACCCGAUCUAAUUCAACGCCACUAAGGAAAGAAUGA